GCUCAUUCAUUCGUUCCUUUCAAACAUGAGCUUGCCAGCCUUCGUUUUUGUCUGACGUUGCAGCUGGUCCUAGCUGCACCGACUUACCUGGGAUAAUUGCUGAGGUCCAACAACACCCACAAGAUGCUGCCAUACAUAGAUACUCCAUUUAUUCCGCUCUCUGAGCUUACUGGUGCCUCCAUUGAUGAGCUAAAGCUGGUAACCUCCUUCCUUCUCUCAUACCCCCUCGCUGCGAUUCUCAAACGACUCCCCGACUCGCAGCCAUGGCAAAAGAACGCAUUCAUUGUCCUUGUCUCGAUAUUCUACCUCGUUGGCCUCUUCGACCUCUGGGACGGCCUCCGAACCCUCCUCUACAAUGCAGUGGGAGCAUACGCGAUCGCAUAUUACAUUGACGGAUCCCUAAUGCCAUGGAUAGGCUUUCUUUUCUUGAUGGGGUAUAUGUCAAUUAGCCAUAUAUACCGCCAAAUCGUGGCCGAACCCUCCGCGGUUGACAUCACUGGUGCGCAAAUGGUGCUGGUGAUGAAACUCAGUGCGUUUUGUUGGAAUGUGCACGACGGCCGUUUGCCGGAGAAUAUGCUCUCGGAGGGCCAGAAACAUGCCGCUAUUAGGAGAAUGCCCAGUGUUCUGGAUUUUGCGGGCUACGUGCUGUUCUUCCCUUCGCUCUUCGCGGGACCUGCGUUUGAUUACGUCGAGUAUAAACGGUGGAUUGAAACAACUAUGUUCGACCACCCACCUGGGGUAGACCCGUCAAAGGUACCCCCGACACGGAAAAAGAGAAAGAUACCCCGGAGUGGUCGUCCGGCAAUGUGGAAGAUGCUGCAGGGGUUACUCUGGAUUUUACUUUUCAUUCAGUUUGGCCCGUCGUAUGGCAAGUCCCGGGUUCUGAGCCAAGAUUACUUGGAAUGUGGAUUUGUGAAGCGUGUUUUCAUCCUGCACAUGCUUGGCCUUACCGCUCGGUUCAAAUACUAUGGCGUUUGGGCGCUGACUGAAGGAGCUUGCAUUCUCUGCGGCAUGGGAUACAACGGCUUCGACCCUCAAACCGGGAAAACACACUGGAAUAAGCUGGAAAACGUUAAUCCAUGGGGCUUGGAAACGGCUCAAAACCCACACGCGUAUCUAGGCAAUUGGAACAAGAAUACUAACCAUUGGCUCCGAAACUAUGUCUAUCUACGAGUCACUCCAAGAGGCAAGAAACCAGGUUUCAGGGCUAGUCUAGCGACUUUCUUAACAAGUGCGAUGUGGCAUGGGUUCUACGCAGGAUACUAUCUCACUUUUGUCUUGGGCGCGUUCCUCCAAACGACAGCCAAAAAUUUCCGCCGCCACCUCCGUCCUUUCUUCCUCACAACAGAUGGUUCCAAGCCUACUCCGCUCAAGCGUUACUACGACAUCCUAGGCUGGCUAACCACCCAGCUGGCGCUCUCCUUCGCCGCCGCCCCUUUCAUCAUCCUGCAAUUCACCGACUGCAUCACGGCCUGGAAACACGUCUACUUCUACGGCAUCAUCGGCAUCGCAUCCUCGCUCGCGUUCUUCGCCAGUCCUGGCAAGAAAUUCCUCGUCAAGAAGCUCGACGCCAGGAAUAAGGGCCUAGCCGCUGGAAGAAGGGACGAGAAGAAAGAACCCGCCCAGCCGCCGACGCUGGGAUUGCCGGAUGACCCGGAGCGGGAGUUCGAUGAGGCGGUGAGUGAGAUUCGGAGCGAGAUUGAGGCGAAGAGGAGAAGGGGGAGUGUGGUGAGCAUGCCGUCGGGCCAUGAGUUGAAGGUGUUGAUUGAGGAGAGGUUGGGGAGAAAGAAGAGGUGAUCCUGUCAUGAGCGUUGGAAAGCAUGCGUGCGUGCAUUGGCGCGCCUGAUUCGUUAGUUCGACGGUGGUUUGCAUAUAUACUCGGUAAAGGAUCGAGCUGCAGAAAUGGAGUGACUCGGUCGAGAGUAUGUUACACAGACAGCAGAAUAGACGCACGUUCAACCUAUACGCCGUACCUCGUCAUUGAAAGCGACAUGAUAAUCAAUCCAAACUGCAGGAUAUAUUGUUGGAUGUACCGUGCUGCUCGAGCCAAAGAAUUCUUUUUCUACAUACUCCGUACUCCAAAGAAAGGCCCAAAGUGCCUCUCAGCAU